UUCAGCAAAACUGAGAGACGCAAUUAGAACUGGUGAAUCUGCCGAGGAAGAGAGCGGACAGCUCACUUUCGGAGAUGAAGUUUUGUGUUCUUGUUUGCUUUCUCUCGGGCCUCCUGAGUGUCGUUAGAGGGGAAAUGUAUACAUCGCUGCUGAACGUAAAGCAGGCGGUCAGAGUUGAACGGAAGCUGAUCGAUUACCUGAGAACUUACAUUGACCACGAGUUGGACAGACUUGAAGACAUCAAACGUUUUUAUGCCAAAGUAUCCAACCUGCACACAGAACUUUACAAAGGCCCAGCGGUCACAAUGGCCAACCCUCUGGUGGCUUUUACUUUGAUCAAACGUCUUCAUUCAGAGUGGCUGAAUGUCGUCUACAGCAAUGAAGCCCUCGAGAACCUACAAGCUCUCAGGUCCAGUUACGAGGAGGAAGAGGCUGAUCUCCCCGAUCUGGAAGACCUCCAAGGGGCUGCUAAGGGGCUAAUGAGGCUGCAGGAUGUAUAUGCUCUGCAAGUUUCCAGCCUUGUAAGGGGCCGUUUCCAGAGAGUCACUAAUGGCGAGUCUGUGGAUGUCUACAUGCCUGCAGUAUCUGUCCAGCUCUCUGGUGAUGACUGCUUUCUGGUUGGGAAGGUGGCCUAUGAACAAGAAGACUAUUAUCACUCAGUGCAGUGGUUGGAGGAGUCUGCGCGCCUUUUCAGGGGAGCAGGAGAGGAGUGGAGCCCUGAAAAUGAAGGCACUUUGGAGGAUGCUUUGGAUCACCUUGCCUUUUCUCACUUUAAAACAGGAAACGUCUCCUACGCUCUGAGUCUAUCUCAGGAGUUACUGCAUCACAAUCCAAUGAAUGGAAGAGUUUUGCAGAAUGUUAAGAAAUACGAGAAGCUCCUGGUUGCUGCUGGUCCACCCAGAGGCACUGGGUUGACGAGACCCUCCUCCAGUUUUUUAAGGACCAGGGACACUUAUGAGAGACUCUGCCGGACUCGAGGCUCUCAGCGCAGGCAUUUUGCAAAUCCCCAACUCUUCUGUGACUACUUCACCAACAACAAUCCUGCACUGAUACUGAUGCCUGCAAAACGGGAGGUGGUGAGCCUGCAGCCGUAUGUGGUCCUCUACCAUGACUUUGUUACUGACACAGAGGCUGAAGACAUCAAGAGCCUCGCCCAGCCAGGACUGAGAAGGUCUGUAGUGGCAGCUGGAGAGAAACAAGCAACAGCAGACUAUCGGAUCAGUAAGAGUGCAUGGCUGAAGGGCUCAGCACAGUCUAUUGUUGGGAAGUUGGACCAGAGGAUCUCACUGCUCACAGGUCUGAAUGUGAAGCAUCCAUAUGGCGAGUACCUCCAGGUGGUGAAUUAUGGGAUUGGUGGCCAUUAUGAACCUCAUUUUGACCAUGCUACUUCACCUUCAAGCCCCGUGUUCAAGUUGAAAACUGGGAAUCGGGUGGCUACAUUUAUGAUAUAUCUCAGCCCGGUGGAGGCAGGUGGGUCCACAGCGUUCAUUUACGCCAACUUCAGCGUUCCUGUUGUGGAGAAAGCUGCUAUCUUCUGGUGGAACCUGCACAGAAAUGGUGAAGGAAACGACGACACACUGCAUGCUGGCUGCCCCGUACUUAUUGGAGACAAAUGGGUGGCAAACAAAUGGAUCCAUGAGUAUGGUCAAGAGUUCCAACAUCGCUGCAGUCUGAAUCCUCAAGAGUGAAGGGGUGGAGCCAUUGCUGGGCCCCUUUGGAGUGCAAGCCUUUGCAAUUGUGAGCCACAUCUACAGGGAGAGAGAAGGAGGCAGCAGGAAAGUUGAUGCACAAGCAAGGGCAGCGAGAGCUGGGGAAGCAUGCAUCUGUGAUUGGAGCCCUAAAGCCCCAGGGAUCCUGGAGUGUACAGCGGACACUGCUGCAGUGGACAUGGUGGAGGAGGAGGAGGCAGAGGAGGAGUGGGGCAUCUGGCAGCCAGCCCCCAAGGGCGAAAUGCUCUUUCUGGCCAGUUCCUGCAGAUGGAUAGAGGCCUUUGCCUUUGCACACUGUGCUGGCUUUAGUACACUGUGCAAGGCUGUUUACCUCCUGACAGCUUUAAACAGAGAUCUUAUACAGCCCUGUUCCUACACUGGGCUCACUCAGGGAUCUGCUUUUACAAAUCAAACUUUAUUUUGAAAUAUAAAUAGUAAAUUAAUAAUAAAUACUAAGUCAACAGAGAUAAUCAGUGUCUCAGAAAGAAUCAGGUUUCAAGAGGUUAAAAUCCGAGUCACCAGAGAUUAAUGUUGUCAGAGCUCAGGCUCGAAGUUCAGGGUGGUGCCAGUGAGUCAAAGGAAGUAGAAAUUGUGAAUGUGCCUGCACAUUCCCAGCUGGCUGAAUGAUGUGGUCAUUGCUGUCUGUGGGAGACUCUUUGAAUUUGGUUGGAUUUAACUGAAUGUCUCAUGGAACAAAUGAACCAGCAAGAGUAGAGAGUUGAGGUUCAGAUUCUGCUCUUCAUUAAUGUUGGAACUUGUGUAAACUCACAUGAACAAUCCUGACUGCAUACUAUUCAGAUAUGAGUGUCUAAGUAGGUCAUAACCCAUCAUAAAACAGUGCUGAAAUUCACUAUAUGAGGUAGGAAAAGCAGGAUUGGAUGUAUGUGACAUUUUGGAGAUGCCCUGCUGCUUGAGUGGAAAGGAUCUCUGAAUAAUACCUUUGCUCACCGCAGUGUACACAGACAGUACUUCCAAGUAUAUAAACCAGCCUGUUUCACAUUCCUGCAUGCACAGUAAAGAGCAGGAUUGUUUUCCCAGGGAGAUGAUGGAUAGACAGGCUCGACUGCUCUGAAGCUCUAAUAACGCUUUGCUUGUCAUGUGUAAGUCACAGGAAAUGCUCAAAGCAAAAAGAUCUUAGAACACAAAUUUAUUUCAUUUAAAGAAUAACUAAAUACUAUUAUAUUAAAAAACACUGUAGUUACAAGCUGGGUUAGGUAUUUAGUUUCAUUUUCUUACCUAUAAAAAUCAUCUAAAUCAUCUAUUUUUUAAAUUAAUAAAAAGAUUAUUUUUAUUUCAUCAAAUCAAACAUCUCAAUAAUCAGAAUGGUUUAAAGUAAUCAUUUCUUUCUGUCUGUUUUAAAAUUUACUGUUUCUUUUAGAACUGAAGGAGUUUUAAUCUGCACUCUGGAUGUACUCAUUAUCACUGGUUCUCACUGUUUCCACAGCAAAUAUAGCUGCAGAUGGACUUGCUGCUCUGCAAGCGUAAAGUCCAAACUAUUUGAAGCUCACAUAACCAGAGGUCAUAAUAUCAGGUCAUGCGUAGGUCUUCCUCGGCACACUGUCAAGAGCACACGGUGAUUCUGUUCCUCACAAAACAAAUUCUUCAGAGCCUUAUGGGUCUUUCUAAGUUUUGAGAACUAAACGAACACUUUUUAAAGUCAGUGAGUUUGCACAACUGAUGGAAAAUACAGAUAAGUAGCAACAUAAAAAGCGAAUCAUAGGUAAUAACAAGUCUUUUUAAUCUCAGAUUCAAGAAAGGGGGGGGGGGGGGGGAGCAUUACAGACUUGUGUUAGUGAACAGCUUUGACUGAAAGACCAGGGCUUCCCUCUACUGGUAGACAGCUCGGAGGUGUAUUUGUAAUUUUUCACAGUAAUAUAUAUUGUUUGGUUGUUUUUUUAAUCUAUUGUUUAUUUGCUUUUACACAGUUGAACAGUUUUGGAUGCAUUGUUGAAGCUGCACUUAUGGUUGUUUUAAAGGACUGUUGGACACUGGGUACAAGAAAAAACACUUUUGUGCCAAUAAAAUACACUUCUGAAUAAAAUGAUUGCAAAUAAAGCUUUCAUAUGUGUGUGUCACAUACAUUGUGAUACAUAUUUCACAAAUUUUAGAAUCGCUUCAAUUCAAUGUAAUGGUUGAGCUGCAAAAAGUAAAAGUGUCCACUGUGGCUAAAAAGCAAAUGGCAGAGAAAAGUCUUAAAACAGAAUAUUAUUUGCCCCCCCGCCCAUCCCAAUUAAUCUCUGUAUUCCUGCUUCC